ACCUCUCUCAUUCUCUCUCCGUCUACUGCACCCACAGACACACACACACACACUCGCCGACAUACACUUCAGCAGUCCUUUGUGCCUGAGGGACACAGACACAGACAACAAACAACAGCAAAACGAGACUUUAUUGUACGGACAAGCUCUGCACUAUAUCACAGAUGGGGCCUGGAUUGUUUUGGAACUUCCCUCCCAAGGCUGGCUGCACGGUUCCACAGAGCCUCCUGCAGACCAUGUUGCUGUCUAGGAUGGCGGGGAUGAAGGAGCAACAGUUCACGGAGGAGAAGCCCCUUCUGCCGGAGCAGCGAGGAGGAGACUCAGACAUGCAGGAUAAAGGAGAGGAGGCAUCAGGGGGGUUAGCGUGCCCUGCCAGCACUGUGCCCCUUAACCAACCCCCUCCCCCCAGCCGCCCCAAUCACCGUUGGCAUGUCAUCGCACGGCACUGGCUCCGCCAGACCCGCCGUCGGACCAGCGGGGUCAUCCCGGAGAGCUGUGAACAGCUGAUGCCGGCAGGAGAUUGGAAGGAACAUGAUGUUGAGACUCCUUACGGGAUGCUGCAUGUGGUGAUCCGCGGGGCACCCAAAGGAAACAAGCCCGCUAUUCUCACCUACCACGAUGUGGGACUGAACCACAAGCUGUGCUUCAACUCUUUCUUCAACAAUGAGGACAUGCAGGAGAUCACAAAGCACUUUGUGGUUUGCCAUGUGGACGCUCCUGGGCAGCAAAUCGGAGCCUCACAGAUGCCACAGGGGUACCAGUACCCCACUAUGGACCAGCUGGCCGGGAUGCUGCCCACUGUGGUGCAGCACUUUGGAUUCAAGAGCAUUGUGGGGAUCGGAGUCGGAGCAGGAGCUUACAUUCUGGCCAAGUUUGCACUGAUCUUCCCCGAUAUGGUGGAGGGUCUGGUGCUGCUCAACAUCGACCCCAAUGGCAAAGGCUGGAUCGACUGGGCUGCCGCCAAGCUGUCAGGUCUGACCAGUGCUCUGCCUGAUACUGUGCUGCCACACCUUUUCAGCCAGGAGGAGCUGAUGAACAACACAGAGCUGGUGCAGAGCUACAGGCAGCAGAUCAAUAACACCGUCAACCAGUUCAACCUGCAGCUUUUCUGGAACAUGUACAACGGUCGGAGGGAUCUGGAGAUGAAUCGCAGUGGGACUGUCCUCAACGCAAAGACUCUGAAGUGUCCUGUGAUGCUGGUUGUAGGAGACAAUGCUCCUGCUGAGGAGGAGUGGUGGAGUGCAACUCCAAACUGGACCCAACCAACACCACCUUCCUAAAGAUGGCUGACUCUGGUGGACUUCCUCAGCUCACACAGCCUGGCAAGCUGACUGAAGCCUUCAAGUACUUCCUGCAGGGAAUGGGCUACAUGCCCUCUGCCAGUAUGACUCGCCUAGCUCGCUCAAGGACGGCCUCCCUGAACAGCGCCAGCUCCAUGGAUGGCUCUCGCUCUCGGGCCUGCACCCAUUCUGACAGCAGCGAGGGAGUUGGGACGGUCACCCAUACCAUGGAGGUUUCCUGCUGAGGAGUUAGACUGCCAUAACGAGAGGGAGGGAGGGGGUAGAGAGAUGGAGAGAGGGCUGGGGAGAGAUGUCGGUAAAAGGGGAGGUGGGCUGGGUGAAUGGAGUUAGACAUGGUGGAGGGUAAACUAAUUCAGUAACAUGAGGAAAGCUUGUAAGAAGGUGGAAACAGCUCUCUCUGUCCUUAUCUAGCUCCUCCAUUAUCCCUUUGACUGCCGUCUCCUUCCCUCUCCACUGUAAAAUACCAUAUGUAUUAC